AUGUUAGUCUGCCAUUUUCUCCACUUGGAAGUAAUUUUAGAACUAAAUAAUAGUACAUGUAGUCACCAAUCACCAAAAGUCUGGGCUCAUGACUCUCAAGGAGUCCUGCACAAGCCUCAACUUAAUUGCAGCAACAAAGAUUGCUUGGUGCUGCCACGGCAUGGGCUGAGCAGAAGCACCCUGGAGAAGGAGGAGCAUCUGACUCAGGUGAUGGAGGCACAGAGACUGCAGGCCCAGCAGGCUGAUGCUGCCCUGGAGGAGUUUAAGCAGCAGGUGGAGCUGAACUCAGAAAAAGUGUAUGCAGAAAUGAAAGAGCAGAUGGAAAAGGUAGAAGCAGAUCUUAGCAGAUCAAAAUCUCUCCGUGAAAAGCAGUCAAAAGAUUUCUCCUGGCAGUUGGAGGAGAUCAAGCAAAAAUAUGAACAACAGAUAGUAGAGCUGAAGCUGGAGCAUGAACAGGAAAAGACGCACCUAUUCCAACAACAUAACACAGAAAAGGAUUGCCUGGUCCGAGACCAUGAACGGGAAAUUGAGAAACUAGAAAAACAGCUUCGGGCUGCCAUGACAGACUACGACAAUAAAACUCAGGAAUGUAGGAAACGAGAUGCUCAGAUCAUCUGUGAUAUGGAAGCCCAGAUCCACACUCUGAGGGAAGAGCUGAUUCAGGUGAAUACUCAAAGAAAACAGCAGUUGGUAGAACUUAGUCUUCUUCGGGAAGAAGAAAAGCAAAGAGCUAUUCGGGACCAUGAGACUGCCAUGAACAAACAGAAAGCUGAGUCAGAAAAAAUGAUUCUAGACCUGAAAAAGAUUAAUGCUGCAGAAAAGGAGAUGGCACUAGAAAAG